AUGGGAACCCCAGAAACUUCCAGAGAACCUUGCCCCGACCGUAUUCUUGAUGACGUUGGGGGAGCAUUUGGCAUGGGUGCUGUUGGAGGUUCAGCUUACCAUUUCUUGAGGGGUAUCUACAACUCCCCUAAAGGUGAACGCUUGAUUGGGGCUUCUCAAGCCGUGCGCAUGAAUGCGCCUCGUCUUGGAGGCGGUUUUGCUGUGUGGGGUGGACUCUUCUCCACAUUCGAUUGCACGAUGGUCUACAUACGCCAAAAAGAGGAUCCGUGGAAUUCCAUCAUAGCUGGUGCUGCUACAGGUGGUUUUCUUCAGAUGCGUGCAGGGUUAGGUGCUGCUUCAAAAUCAGCGAUGUUUGGUGGCGUAUUACUUGCUUUGAUUGAAGGAGCCGGUAUUAUGUUAAAUAAAGUUAUGAGUGCACCACAGAAUUUUCCACCAAUGGACGAGCCCCUACCCAAUAUGCCUGGUGUACCUGGAUAUCCAAUGGGACAACUGCCUAAUCAAGCUCCAGUGAACAUUGAUAGCAUGGCAUCUUCAUCUUCAUCAUCAUCAUCAUCAUCAACUUCCUCUACGUCAUCUUCAUGGUUUGGAGAGCUUUUUGGCGUCCACCAUCAUUCGAGUACAAAUGAGCUCGCGCGGGGAGAUUAUUCUGGUGCAAAAUUAUGA